AUGGCAACGCCAGAAACGAAGACAGGAGUCAAAGUCAUUGUUGUUGGCGCCGGCUUCGGAGGACUGACAACUGCAAUUGAGUGCCAUCGACAAGGUCACGACGUUGAGGUUUAUGAAUCAUUCCCUGAGCUAAAACAAUUGGGGGACAUCAUAUCCUUUGGUGCGAAUGCUGGCCGCAUCUUUCACCGAUGGUCCAAUGGAGCCGUCGUGUCCAAGUUGAAACCGCUUUGCAUCGAUCUACAAGAAUACGGCUUCCGGAUUCACAAGUGGGACACUGGGGAAAUUGUUCUCACUCAGAGAAGACCACCUGCAGAUCCCGAAGCACCUGUCCUCAAUGGCCACAGAGGAGAACUGCACGAGGUCAUCUACAAUUAUGCGAAGGAUGAACUAGCGAUUCCAAUACACCUUGGCCAACCGGUCACUGACUACUUCGAGGACCAAGAUGCUGCAGGUAUCCAGUUUCAGGACGGGAGAAAGGUCUCAGCUGACGUCGUCAUUGCCGCGGACGGGGUCCGAUCCAAAGCGAGGGAACUAGUUCUUGGCCACAAAGACAAGCCACAAAGCAGCGGAUAUGCAAUAUGGAGGGCAUGGUUCUCCGCCGACGCCUUACUGGCAGACCCUCGGACCAAACAGUUCUGUGAGAAUGGCGAUACCUUCAAUGGCUGGAUAGGCCCAGACGCCCAUUUCCUGUUCUCUACUCUGAAGGGAGGUCGAGACUGCUCUUGGGUAUUAACACACAAAGACGAAUACGACAUCGAUGAAUCAUGGUCGUUUCCCGGUAAGAUCGAGGAUGUUUGCCGCGCACUCGAGGGCUGGGACCCCAUGUGCCAAGUAAUCGUCGAGAAAACUCCGUCACUAGUGGAUUGGAAGCUCAUGUAUCGCGAUGCACUUCCUAAUUGGGUCAGCGCGACUCAAGCCAUGGAAGACGGCGUUACUAUAGCAGUAUGCCUGAAACGUGCGGGCAAGCAAAACAUUCGUAAAGCGCUCAAUUCUUACCAAGGAAUCCGAUACGAUCGUGUGAGGGCGGUGCAGAAGACUGGAAUCUCCACUCGUGAGAUGUGGCACAAGACAGACUGGGAAAAAGUGAAAAAGGAUCCAACAACAAUUGCUUUGCCAAGAGAAGACUGGAUACUCGAGUUUGACGCGGAAAAGUAUGCGGAAGAGACGUACGAGCGUGUCGCUACCCCUUCCCUUUAA